CUGACGUGUCCCCCAAGUGUCUGGAUAACAGAUAAUAGAGCCGACGACCUGCGGGGGUCUUACAAAAACGGCGGUCGGCGAGUGGGAGCAUCUUAAAGAGGAGAGGAGCACAGCGCACACAGACAGACAGCGAAGCAAACCGGCCCCCUCACAUCUUUCAUCCGCCGCGGAAACAAGGGGAACUCACAGGACCUGUCAACUUUUACGCGCGGACACCGACUUUUACGCACAACUUCAAGACUUUUAUCUGGCGAAGAGACAGACGAAGCAACUUUAUUCCGACGCAAGAGCCUCUCAAGGACCGUACCUGACAGCAGUGGGCCUUUGGUUGUAUUAACUGAUAAAAGGCAGGUAAAAAUCUGAUGGCUCAGAACUUUGGAACAGAUCAGUCAAAUGGAGACUGAUGGGAAGCCUGUUACAUUAACUCCGUAAAAGAUAGCAUUAAGAAUAUAACUUUUUGUUAUUUAUUUUUUAUUAUUUAACAAUUGAAACUUUAAAGAGAAAAGGCGACCAGCUAUGCCACGUCCAGGAAAGAACUCUUACAGCGACCAGAAGCCUCCAUACUCUUACAUAUCACUGACAGCGAUGGCUAUCCAGAACUCAGCCGAGAAGAUGCUGCCUCUGAGUGACAUUUAUAAGUUCAUCAUGGAUCGCUUUCCAUACUAUCGAGAGAAUACCCAGCGAUGGCAGAAUUCCCUACGACACAACCUCUCGUUUAACGACUGCUUCAUUAAGAUCCCCCGACGGCCUGAUCAGCCUGGAAAAGGCAGCUUCUGGGCUCUGCACCCAGACUGCGGUGACAUGUUUGAGAACGGCAGCUUCCUGAGGAGAAGGAAGCGCUUCAAGGUGCUGCGUGCUGAACUGGCCUGCAAAAGCUCCCCGAUGAUGCACUACUUCCACCAUCACCACCACCACCCCGGCAGCAAGCUGGGCACGGCAUCCGGCCACCACGACCACUCAGCCGCUCCGCCAAGCGUGGGUCGGCUCCCUCACUUUCAGGGUUACGGGGGCAUCGCUUGCGCACAGCCUGGCGGGUUUAAACACCCAUUCGCCAUCGAGAACAUCAUAGGAAGGGAUUAUAAGGGCGUGGUGGCCAGCGGGCUUCCCCUCACCUCAGUCAUGCACCACCUGGGUUACCCGGUUCCCCCACAGCUGAGCAGCGUGGUCAAUUCUAUGUGGCCGCACGUCGGCAUGCUGUCAGAGUCCAUGGGUGGCGUGUCUAUGCCAGCAUCAUCUGAGUACGCGCCGUUCAGCGUAUCAGCAAAAGGCAUGUACCACAACGCCAACGGGCAAACCCUGCCUGCCGUCCCCGUGCCAAUAAAACCCACCCCGUCCCUGGGUCCAGUGCCGGGAUUGACGGGGCUGCAGUCCGGCCCGGCCCAGCUCUGCUCACCGUCCACAGCGAUGGAGAAAAGCGAUCUGCUGGAGGGGAAAGGAAACCCUCUACACCCGGCCCUCCUCCUGUCCUAACCGGGUAAUUUUGUUUUGUUUUGUUUUUGUUUUUUUGAUAAAGUUCUACAAAAGAGAGAGACAUUGUGGUUACAUGAAACAAGACAAAACAGGCCCAUCAGAGCCAUCAUAGUUUAAGUUAAGUGAAGCUAUAAGAGGGUUGUAAAAACUAUGGUUAACAUUGUGCCGUUUACUGAAAUUUUCAUUAGACCCAUGUUCAUUGAAAUCAUAAUUUAUUUGCACACUUUGUGAGGGCAUUUACCACAUAAUGUAAUGUGGCACAGAUAAAUACAAUCAGACAAGAUGAACCCAAAGAAGGCUCUGAUUUAGGAGACUGUCUAAAAUUCUUUACAAAGGCAAACUGUUAAUGUUUCUUUUGCUGUUAUUCUACUUAUUUCACUUCCAUCUACGUCAGGCCUAUCAGCUAAAGUCAAGAAGGCCUACAUGAUAUAUAUUUUUUUUUAAUUAGGCCUGUUGCACUUUUUUCUGUAUUACUUAUCCGUGCAUUGAAAAUGUCAUGCUUGUAUUAUAACACUAUUUAUCUUAAGAUAUUUAUAAAGAACUUAAAACCUAA